AAUUUUGUUAACUAUAAAAUUGUGAUUGCGAUUAUCGGCAAUCGGCAUAUUUCGAAAAGACUCAAAGUUAUUCGGUUGCGCUAUUUCUUUUUAAAAUGAUUUCUUGCUUAAUUUUAUGUUUAUUUGUCGGAUUUUCUUUUGGGUUUACUGACAAAGGAUCACCACCGCAAUGGAGUGAUGUAUAUGCUGUAAAGGGACUCUUAAACAUCCCUUAUGCAGAACUACAUGAGCCAUUCUAUGCCUGGUACGAUAGAAAAAAUGCUAAAUCCCGUAUUGAUUACUAUGGCGCAAUGGUUAAGACGUACCAGUUCGAGGCCAGUGUGUUCCCGAGUUUCGGUACAUCUAUAAAGAUAGCACCAAUCACAACGGAGCAUGUCCUGAAUCAAGAAACAUGCCUCCAAGUGAAUGGCACAGAAGACAGCAGUAUCAGCAUUCAGUCUGUGUUACCUGAUAUGUCCGACUUCAAGUAUGUAGGUUCAGAGACUAUGCAGGAUUCGGACACGUCUAAAUGGCGUAUGGUGAUGACGGUGGGUGAUAAAGUCAAUAAGUAUACGAUGUGGGUGAAAUACAGGAAGAGCUUACGGGGUGAUCCCAUACCGAUACCAGUGAGGUAUGAAAUGAAAGGUUACAAUACGCUCCUCGGUUCGCACUACGACCACUAUUACAUCGACUAUGCCGAAUACUCUGUUGAUGAAAUAGACCAAAAUGUUUUCGAGGUCGAUCCAAAAAUGAAAUGUACUUCAUUCCCCGGUCCCGGAUCCCGACACUUCGCGACGUUUAAUCCUAUGAAGGAGUUUGUUCAUCCCGUUCACAACGCGCAUGUUGAUGAUGAGUUUGACAGAUUUUUGAUAAAGCACAACAAACAAUACUCCUCACACAUAGAAGAGGCUAAACGACUUAACAUUUUCCGUCAAAAUCUCAGAUACAUUCACUCUAAUAAUCGAGCACGUCGCGGGUUUACGAUGUCUGUGAAUCACCUCGCCGAUCGAACUGAUGAUGAACUGGCUGCUCUACGUGGAAGAAAGUAUAGCGGACCAAACACAGGUCUCCCCUUUCCCUACAGUAAAUCUGUAAUUGAAGAAAUGAGUGUGAAACUCCCCCCAGAGUUCGACUGGAGACUCUUUGGGGCUGUCACUCCUGUCAAAGAUCAAUCAGUAUGUGGUUCUUGCUGGUCCUUCGGAACGGUGGGAGCAGUUGAAGGCGCCUUGUUCCUUAGUAACGGAGGUCAUUUAGUCCGCCUAAGUCAACAGGCCCUGGUGGAUUGUUCUUGGGGUUUCGGCAACAAUGGCUGUGAUGGCGGCGAAGACUUCCGCGCCUACCAGUGGAUCAUGAAGCAUGGCCUUCCCACCGAAGAGGACUAUGGAGGCUAUUUGGGACAGGAUGGCUACUGUCACAUUGACAACGUCACUCUGGUGACGUCAAUGAAAGGCUGGGUUAACGUUACUGUUAAGGACGAGAAGGCUCUCAUGCUGGCUUUAUUCAAACACGGCCCGAUCUCGGUUGCAAUCGAUGCCAGCCAGAAAAGCUUCAGCUUUUACUCCAAUGGGGUCUACUAUGAACCUAAAUGCAAAAACAAAGUGGAGGAGCUAGAUCAUGCCGUCCUCGCGGUGGGGUAUGGGGUGCUAAACGGCCAAAAAUACUGGCUGGUUAAGAAUUCCUGGUCCAAUAUGUGGGGCAAUGAUGGUUACGUACUCAUGUCUAUGAAGGACGAUAAUUGUGGUGUCCAGGCGGCUCCCACUUAUGUUCUUAUGUAAUGGGAACAUGUAGUUUGGUCUGUGAGACGAACGGCUAUGAUUAAAUUUAUUGGUUAAAGUUGUUUUUGGUCACCAUCGUAUAUGAUAUUAUUUUCAAAUGGUUUAAUAAUAUAUUUUAAUAAGAUUUUUUAAAUCAAUUUAUUAAAACAAAAGCAGGUAUAAUAUAUAUACAAUAAAAACAUUGACGCGCGUAAUGUAUGUAUAUGUUACUGUAAAAGUUCGAACUACGGUGAAUCUUAAGAUUUAAGUGUAAGUCGUAGGAUUUACCGACACGAGUUGGUAAAUGUAAGUAUUUCUGAAAAUACAACGAUUUUUUCGAGAUUUUACCAUUCGAAUUCAGUAUAUGCUAGGUUUUACCACUGUCAGCUGCUAGAUGUUAGUUUUAGGAAUAAAACAAUAAGUAAUUCUUAGGUAUUUACUUUAAUGAACUAUUAGACAAAACAGGUACAUAGUAUUAUAAAGGUAUCAUAUGAUAGUAAUAAGUACAAUCUAAUACCAACUUACUUAAAUUAUUUUGAAAAAACACAUAACGUAUAUCUCUGAAUAUCUAACCUACCUUAUGUACCUAAAAAAACAUUUCACUUGUUACAACACGGAUUGCUAUUGUGGCAUUUAGAAUUACAAAGUAAUCCUGAUGAUCUGCAGGUGUAUUUUUUUAUUUUUCAACAUUAACCAUUGUGUAGUGCCAUUAAUGUAAAUCCUAAGAUUUACCAACGGAAUGGUGGUAAGAAAGUAAGUUCGAAUCGCAAACCUUUAGGGACAUUUACCAUUAGGAAUUGGUAGAUCUUAGGUUUUACUGGAAUAUCUUAGGAUUUACUGCAGUUCGAGCUUUUACAGUAACAUAUAUAUAUUUCAUUGAAAUUGAAAAGAAAAUUGCAUAUAUAAUAAUAAAAAUAUUUAUAAAGUUUUUGAAUUGUUCUCACAGGCCGAAACUUCUAAAAUUUAGUACAACAUUAAUUAUUACUCAUAUGAAUCUCAACUCAUGUCACUAAGAGAUUAAUACCCAUACACGGAAUAGAUAAACAAUAUGUAUGGGGUACCGCAAGCGGGCUGCAAGUGGGCCGCAAGUACACAGCAUGUAACAUAUAACGGCCAUUUUUAGUACAAAAUCGACUAAACGCCUUUCAAACCUAUUUAUUUGUUCCGUGUUCGUAAACGUACUAUAAACAUCGAAUAUAUGUAAUGAUGUCUCAUGACAGUAGCAAAUAAUAUACUUUAUCUAUGAGGGUUAUAAUAUAGUACUAACCGUAAGUUUUUCUAAUUAUUAAAUUGUUAUAGAAUUAUUAUAUUAAUAAAUCAGAUAUGAAUAUUAA